AAGAGCCCGUAUGUUCAACCCUGAUUGCAACCUCGGCUAGUGAAUAGCUAAUGAAGAGACAACCAGUGGCGAGAAGGGCAAAGCGGCUGAAAGAAGUCAUUCGAGACGAGAUAUCGGGUCUAGGAUCACCGCAUGUCUUCCAUGCCACUGUUGUCAUCUUCCUCGAGUUCUUCGCUUGGGGUCUACUGACCGGACCGGUCAUUUCGGUGCUCUCCGACACGUUUCCGAGUCACACGUUGUUUAUGAAUGGUUUAAUACAAGGAAUAAAGGGUUUUCUAUCGUUUCUAAGUGCUCCGUUGAUUGGGGCGUUAUCUGAUGUCUGGGGCAGAAAAUCGUUUCUUUUGGUGUCUGUAUUUUUUACUUGUCUUCCUAUUCCUCUUCUCUACGUCAGUCCCAUGUGGUACUUUGCUGUGUUCUCAAUGUCGGGAGUGUUUGCUGUUACGUUUUCGGUUGUGUUUGCGUAUGUGGCUGAUAUAACGGAUGAGAAUGAGAGAAGCUCAGCGUAUGGACAGGUAUCGGCUACGUUUGCUGCCAGUUUUGUCACCAGCCCUGCCUUGGGUGCUUACUUGAGUAGUCAGUAUGGCGACGGAGUUGUAAUUUUGUUAGCCACUUCUAUCUCAGUCCUGGACGUUCUCUUUAUCCUGGUUGCUGUUCCUGAAUCGUUGCCUGAGAGAGUGAGACCAGCAUCGUGGGGGACGCCAAUCUCAUGGGACAAAGCCGACCCAUUUGCUUCUAUUCGUCGUGUUGGUCAAGACCACACUAUCUUGUGUCUGUGCAUCAUGGUUUUCCUCUCGUACUUACCAGAGGCUGGACAAUACUCUUGUAUAUUUAUUUAUCUCACUAAGGUUGUAGGAUUCACCAGAGAAGAUGUGGCAACAUUUAUAGCUGUAGUAGGAAUUCUAUCUGUACUAGCACAGACGCUUGUGCUCGGGAUACUUAUCAACGCCAUUGGCUAUAGGAAAUCUAUUGGCAUUGGGUUACUGUUUCAACUCGUGCAACUUGUACUUUACGGCGUUAGCACUGAAUACUGGAUGAUGUGGGCUGCUGGUUCUCUAGCCGCCAUGGCUGCUCUCUCCUACCCCGCAAUCAGUGCUUUAGUGUCCAAGAAUGCCGAUGCAGGCCAGCAAGGCGCAGUACAAGGAAUGGUUACUGGCAUCAGAGGGCUGUGCAAUGGUUUAGGACCGGCCUUGUAUGGUCUCGUGUUCGGACUGCUACACAUGGACUUGACCAGUGACACCAUGGCAGACACAGCCAAACCGCAUAAAGAGUCUCCACACCAUAGAGAAAUGACACUACCAGGAGCACCAUUUUUGAUCGGAGCUUUGAUGGUUUUUCUGGCAUUACUGGUGUCACUCUACCUUCGCGAAACGCAUAGUAAAAAGACCGAGACUGCAUUAGAGUCAUUACAUUCGCCUAGAAAACAGCAACCACCAAGCGAGAAGCUGUGGUUAACAGAAGGUAGCUCAGCGUAGAUCUUUUGCACGUAUGUAUGAAGUAUAUAGAUUUGCAGAUGUAACGAUGUGCUAUCAGAGAUAGCAUUGCCAAUGCUUUCA